GAUUCUGGGAGGGGUGACUGCAGAGUAAGGAAAAUCUUCUGAGUAAUUUGAACACGUUCCCAGAGACUCAACCUGGAUGAGUGUCAGUCUCUCCCCCCAUCCCAAAAAAGGAGAGAAGGAUGAGUGCGUGACCAAGAGAGGUGGAGUUACUGCAGCCGUCCGGACCUGAAGAACAGCAGCUCAGCGUGAGGGGAUCUGACGCUUCAUCAGCUUCAUCAGUUCUGCUCUUCAGCACCUCACUUUUUUCAUUCACAGACUGCAGUUCCUCUGUGAAGAUCUCGUCCACUAUGGCCGGUCCGGUUCCAGCACUCCCAGACUCUUUUACUCCGAGUUCAAACAGCAUUUAUUCGGAUCAGUUCGGUUUUUAUGGUCUGGACUGUAACGUUCCUGGACUUUCAAAGGUCAUCUUAGACAAACUCAACAUGAAAGACUACCAAGAUUACAGGGCAGCGUUGGAGGGCAAAAGCAAGGUGGGCUUUCGCUCUCACAAAGAAAUGUUUCAGAAUCUAGAAGACACGUUUAAAUUCUGUGCCUGCUGCUCCAAACUACCGUCCAACCUUCCAGAUCCUAAAGCGCUCAAACGCUGCAUCAAGUGUCUGAAUGUGUAUUACUGCAGUAAAGAGUGUCAGAAGAAAGACUGGUCUUUGCAUAAGAAGUUCUGUAAAAUGCUCCACAAGGUCUCCAUCGACCGGCUGGUGGAGUGGCUCGUUCACACAGGAGAUCUUCCUUUCCCUACGGAGGUGUGGUCUCGUCCUGCUAAAGACGUCAGGUGUUGGGACGAUUGGGUGUCCAUACAAGGAGAUCUGACUCCGCAUCUGGAGCCCAUCCUGUCUGGACAAAACAUGACAAACCUCUGGACCAAUGCCUGCAGGCCGCGGCCGGAGGAGGCGGAGCUUCGCAAGUCUGUGUGGCGGGUGUGCAGCGAAUUCUUCUCUCGGUCACUGACGGUGGGACUCGGGAUUCAAAUGUCCCGUCUGGACCCGUAUUCCCGCCCCCUGACUGUACAUCUAGUCGGCGCCGGUCACAACGAGACCCUGGGAGCCAGACUCACAGACAUGGACGAGCUCAACCGCAUGUUCCCGGGGCACCAGGGGCUGGAGGUGGUGAUGGUGGGGCCCGAGGUCGUCAAGGGGCCCAUCAUGAGGCCUCCGCUGAGGGCGUUCGGACCCCGGGGAAGAGUGUACAUCAGCGCUUACAAGGGACUCUACCACCAGUUCUGGGAGGAAGUUGUAGAGAAAGGAGAAGCAGCCAAACCAGAUCUAGUGAUUGGAUUUCAUCCAGGGUUUCACGCGUCUCAGGGGUUAGGAGAGGGCUGGCUGCCCACGCUACUGCUGCUCAGAGACUACAACAUCCCAUCCAUGUUCACCAUGUACAAUGAUGCGGAGCUGCAGUAUUCCUUGCAGAUUCUCAUGGAACUCGAGAUGGAUGUUAAAGACACCGGACCGAAUCCCUUCAGCUCCCAGAAACCCGAGCAGGUCCAGUCCAGCCCAAACAAAGCCCCCAGUUACUGCAACGCUUUUUAUAUUUACUUUCAGGGUCUGCUGGAGACACAACAGGAAGAAGAGUAGAAAGUUGCAAAUAGUGCCCUAAUUUUCUCAAAGAACAAAAUUGCAUAUUACAGUUUAUUAUACAGUUACAGCAUUUACUUAACAAAUGUUUCAUCUAAAACAGAUAGUUCAUUUAAAAAUUCUGUCAUCAUUUACUCAUAUUUUGAAGAAUAUGGGUAACCAGAUAGUUGAUGGAAUAUAGAAUAUUUUUCCAUGGAAGUCAAUGUUUGAUUACCAACAUUCUUCUAAAUAUCUUCUUUUGUGUUCAGCAGAAGACAGAAAUUCAUACAGGUUUGGAACAACUUGAGAGUGAGUAAAUGAUGACAGAAUUUUCAUUUUUGGGUGAACUGUCCCUUUAAAUGUAAUUCUUUGCAGUUAUUUGCAGCGCAAUUUAUUAGAUUUUAGCGCCACCUAGUGCUGAAAUCUGCUAUGACAUUUUCUUUAUUUGCUCUUUAAAAAGGUUUAUAUUAUAUUAUAUCUUUUAAUAAUGAGUUUUUAAUUCUAUUUUGAGUCAGAACUUGUGUCAGAUUGUUUUAAUUUAGAUUCACACUUAAGUGAAUAUUGUUUAUUUGAUAUGGAAAAAGUAUUUUGAAGCUAAUAAAUGUAUAUAAGCAAAUUUAUAAAAAUGUGUCUGUCAUUCUGUUAUUGAAAGCCAAACAAUACACUACCAUUC